UGACAUGUAACUAUGGGAACGGAGGCUGCCAGCACAUGUGUGACGAUACGGAUGUGGGGCCGGUUUGUGGCUGUCACCAGAAGUACGCCCUGCACUCAGACAGCAAGACCUGCAUCGAUCUGUGCUCUGUUGCACCCCGAAAAUGUCGCCCGGAGUUUCACGAUGACGAUGAGAGAGAUGAGGCUGCAAUUGAGAGCUCUGAGUUCAAUGCCACGUCAAUAGCUGAUGUGGACAAGCGGGUGAAACGGCGGCUUCUUAUGGAAACCUGUGCGGUGAACAAUGGCGGCUGUGACCGGACGUGCAAGGACACGGCUACAGGGGUACGCUGCAGCUGCCCCGUGGGAUUCACCCUGCAGCCAGACGGCAAGACCUGCAAAGACAUAGAUGAAUGCCAGGAGGCGUUCAAUAACGGCGGCUGUGACCAUUUCUGCAAAAACACGGUGGGCUCCUUUGAGUGCAGCUGCCAGAAGGGCCACAAGCUCCUCACUGACGAGCGCACCUGCCAGGAUAUUGACGAGUGUUCCUUUGAGAGGACCUGCGACCACACCUGCGUCAACUACCCUGGCAGCUUCGACUGUGUCUGUCAGGAAGGAUACACUCUGUACGGCCUCACACACUGCGGAGACAUAGAUGAGUGCAGCAUUAACAACGGGAGCUGUGAACACAGCUGUGUGAACACACAGGGAGGCUAUGAGUGUCUGUGUCCGCCCGGUCAGAAACUCCACUGGAACAAGAAGGACUGCACCAAGGCGGUGAAGUGUUUGCCCGACGGGAAGCCAGCGCCGCGCGCCCAGCUCAGCUGUGACAAGAGAGGUGGGGUGGAGGUGUGCUCACUCUCCUGUCCUUCCAACGCACUCUUCCUCGCAGACUCUGAGAACAGCUACACACUAAGCUGUGGUGUGCCGGUGCAACCUGUGAAGGCACCACAGAAGAGGAACGCCACCACCGCCCUGCUCACCUGUGCAGAUCCGUUACCCCCGCCCAUCAAGCAGAAGGCCCGCUUCAAGGUCAAAGAUGCCAAGUGUCACCUGAGACCCAGGAACAAGGAAAAACACAGAGAGACGUCCAAGCCGAGCCUGCAAGGGGGUCCGCUCCCGUGUACUGACGACUGCCAGGUGACCUUUGUCAAUCUGAAGUGUGACUCGUCUAAGAAGCGGCGGCGUGGACGCAAGUCCCCUUCCAAAGAGGUUUCCCACAUCACAGCUGAGUUUGAGAUGGAGAUGAAGGAAGCCUCAGGUCAGUGUGACUGUGCAACCUCAGACUCGUGUAACGUGGAGUGUGUGAGGGAGCGUAUGAAGCAGAGGUUACAGAGUGCCAUGCGAACCCUGAGGAAGUCCAUCAACAAGCAGCAGUUCUACAUUCAGUUCUCUGGUACUGAGUACGAGGUGGCCCAGAAACCUGCACUGCACGUUGAGCAAUGCAGCACCGGACAGGUCUUACGGGACGGCAAGUGUGUGAGCUGUGGUGUGGGGACGUACUAUAGUGGAGACCAUGAUCAGUGUGUCGUGUGUCCCCCUGGUACAUACCAGGACACUAUGGGUCAGCUGUCCUGUGAACCCUGCCCCAGCACCGAGGGACAGGGUAUCGCCGGGGCCAAGAACGUCUCCCAGUGCGGAGGCCAGUGUCCGGCUGGUCAGUAUUCGUCAGAUGGGUUCCGUCCAUGUAACCCCUGUCCUCUGGGCUCCUUCCAGCCGGAGCCUGGCCGCGUACUCUGCUUCUCCUGUGGAGGUGGCCUCAUGACCAAGUACGAGGGCUCUGUCGCCUUCAGGGACUGUGAGGCCAAAGUCCACUGUGCUCCUGGACACCACUACAACUCCAGUAAUCACCGCUGUAUCCGCUGCCCAGCCGGUACCUACCAGUCAGAGUUUGGACAGAACUACUGCAUCACCUGCCCUGGCAACACCACCACCGACUUUGACGGAGCCACCAACGUCUCUCACUGCAAGAACCAGGUGUGUGGGGGUGAGCUGGGAGACUUCACAGGCUUUAUUGAGUCUCCUAACUACCCCGGGGACUACCCGUCCAAUGUAGACUGUAUCUGGACCAUCAACCCCCCCCACAAGAGACGCAUCCUCAUCGUGGUGCCUGAGAUCUUCCUCCCCAUCGAAGACGAGUGUGGAGAUGUGCUCGUCAUGAGGAAGAGUGCCCUGCCCACCUCCAUCACCACCUAUGAGACGUGUCAGACGUACGAGCGGCCAAUCGCCUUCACCUCCCGCUCACGCAAGCUCUGGAUCCAGUUCAAGUCCAAUGAGGGCAACAGUGGCAAGGGCUUCCAAGUCCCCUAUGUCACCUAUGAUGAGGACUACCAGCAGCUGAUAGAGGACAUUGUCCGGGACGGCAGACUCUACGCAUCAGAGAAUCACCAAGAGAUACUGAAAGAUAAAAAACUGAUCAAAGCCCUGUUUGAUGUUCUGGCUCACCCCCAGAACUACUUCAGGUACACGGCACAGGAGUCCAAAGACAUGUUCCCCCGCUCGUUCAUCAAGCUGCUGCGCUCCAAAGUCACACGGUUCCUACGGCCGUACAAAUAAGCUGCUCCGCCCCCUGUCUGUUACCCAGACGCUUACCCCUUACGCUUAUCCUACGCCCCCUUUCCACCAUCUACUCCUCCCUACCCUUCACCUACGUCCUUACCCUGUCAACAUCCCCAUAUGUCUUCUAAUCCCCACGUCUAUACCCCCCUACAUCUCUCCUACACCCCCCCCACCCCCCGCCAAUCUAUCCCUCUCUUCUACACCCUCUACUCUUCUACACUUCUCUUACACCCCCAACCCUACCCAGAGUUCCUCCUGAAUCGCUAUCCCAGCAUUCUCUGCAAAGGAACAGAGAACCCUCUCUCGCUCUUUUGUCUUUUUUUCCUGCAGUCCUCGUUUGAACUUUCCAGCUUCUCCCCUGAACUUCUGUUUUGGUUUGGUUUGUUUUUGUGUUGUUGUUGUUUUUGUUUUGGUUAUAUUUAUAUGUGUUAGAACUUGCAGAAGCCCACAACAUGGAUGUUUGAUAUAUAUGUACGUACAGACAUGUUGUCUACAAGUCAAAUGUAUGUGUAUCUAUGUACGUAUGUAUAUUUGUGUUUGUGUGAACAUACGUAUGUGCACGUAGAUGGUGUGCGAGAGUGACGUCACACGCAGGUACAUAGAUAGUAUCUUUAUUUUGUUAUUUUAAAAGGCCCCUGGCGUGCACAAAAAAACGAUUGGUGCACUUAAAUCAUAUUUUACAUCAACAUUUUCACAUGGGAAAUAAUUUCUACAUAAUUUCUAUUUCUGAUUUCAGCAUCCCAGACCAUUCCACCUCAAACUGAGUACAGUGAACAUAUAAGUUAGAUUUUUCCAAAAAGUCACUUUUUUUUAAAGAUAUAUAACAAGAUGAAAAAACUACCUGCAAGUAACAGACGUUGCUAUAGAGAGAAAUGUAUGUGAUGUAACUAAUAUUUGGAACUUUAAUUGCACUUGAAUUUUAUAUUGUUAACUGUAGAAAAAAAAAUCUAAGUUACAUUUUUCCUUAUGUUUUGUGUUGUAUAGAAAUGUAUUACCUUGGUUGUAGCAAAGAGAGAGACAAAAAUAUGUCCCGUUUUGUUCUCACCACAAAAAAACCCAGCGUUCAAUUGUUUAGACAGACACCAUCAAAUCCACCCAUUUGGCCAGAAAAGCAGUAUUGCCAGUAAGUAAUCAUUUAAAGGGAAAUGUCCUUAACGACCCACUACUAUUUUAGUUGUGGGUGUGCUCCCAUCUCCUAACUCUGUCUCAUCCCUUUAAGACCCUCCUGACUAGCUGCCAGAGAAAAGGGGUGUUAUAUGUAAAGCUUCUUAUAUGAUGGCACUAAGUGCACACUCAAAACCACCUGCUUUUUACGAGUGUCCACUCUCAAUCUGUCUUAUUUGGACUUCUCCCAGUUUAUGUAAGUCAUCAACCUAGACUGUUGAUUUAAUAUCUGUAACAAAUAUGUUAGUUUGUUUAUUUUUCGGCACAAUGCAAGUGGGGAAAAUAUGUAUUGUAUGAUGACGAGACUGUUGAUUUGGAGGUGAAUGUAGUAGCAGAGAGACAGAGGUCUGUUUGAAAGUAUUGUGAUGUCUAUGAGAGUAUCUGUAUGUACAUAGCACUUGCAACUGUAACCAUAACCCAGAAAGCACCCAAACUGACCUCAACUAGUCAAACGUUCUGACAAAAUAUCACUUUCAUUGUUCUCCCCCUUGUAACACUCUCCCGGCAGAGUCCGUUUAAGCAAUAAGGCCCUGAGCCGUGGUAUAUUGGCAAUAUACCACAAGCCCCUGAGGUGCCUUAUUGCUAUUAUAAACUGGUUACCAACGUAAUUACAGCAGUAAAAAAAUACCCAUGGCAUACGGUCUGAUAAACCACGGCUGUCAACCAAUCAGCAUUCAGGGCUCAAACCACCCAGUUUAUGAUGUCUGAUAUACCACGGCUGUCAGCCAAUCAGCAUUCAGAGCUCGAACCACCCAGUUUAUAAUUGCCUAUACAGCACAUAUAUUACAGACCUAUUAAACUGCUAAUUCACCGCUACUACACGGUUAUAAACAACUUAAAUUCUUUGUGCUGGGCACAAGGAUGAUAAGCAUAAUUAUAUGGCUUGUAUCUUCUAACCUAGAGGCCAUAUACUGAAGGCCACUGAUAUGGGAUCAGAUAUAGUCAUUCAUUCAUAAAGUCUGUGUUGUGCCCUAGCACUGAUCCAGGACCUGUUCAUUCCAGUUUAAUCGUAACCCCCACUGUUGUGUGUAGAGUUGUGUCAGAAAAUGGUACUAGUCGUCAAAUCAAAGCCCAUUGGAGGAGGUGGUCCGGGGGGAGGGACCUCGCAAACUCUCUUCCAAUGAGCUUUGAGUGGAAUUGAGCUAACAAGGGCGGAGGAAGCAUGGAUUUGACAGCUAAUGUUUUCAGAUACAACCAAGGUGUUUGUCCACUCAGUCCACUCAAAAUGGUUGUCGCCUGCAGAGGUGUAGCUAAUGUUGGUACAGUGCACCCACUUUCUGUUGAGGGAUGUUUUGGGCGUUUAGUAUGUUUGAUGAUGAUGAUGAUGAUGAUGAUGAUGAAAAUCGGUAUGAAAUGCAACAGUUUUUAUGAUUGACUUUUCCUGAGAAUGUAUUCUAUUGUGUGUGCGUGUGUGUGUGUGUGUGUGUGUGUGUGUGUGGAUGUGUGUGUGUGUGUGUGUGUGUGGAUGUGUGAGACAGUAUGAUAUAGAAAGAGUGCAUGUUCUGUGUAUGUGUGUGAGAGAGUGAGACAGCGUGUGUCCGUGUGUGAGUAGCUUGUGAGAUCGAGGUGGAGAAAGAGAGAUACUGUAUGUAGGUACUUUAGUCCAUUUUAUAGAGGGAUACUUUUAACGUUUGUGUUAGUCGGUUGUACCCAAAGAGAGAAACUGUAUCACAGUGUUUUGCCAUUGUUUGGUCCAUGAAAAUCCAGUAAAGAACAAAUUCAAAUAAAACAGUAGCAGAAAAACAA